AUGCAAACGGAUAACCUGGUUGUCGGCUCCUCGUCAUUGUGGGACUGGAUGUUCGUUUUACUCUCGGCCACGCUGAUCGCACAGGGCAUUCAGUAUGUCCAGUGCGCUGAGUCAUCCUUUAGCUGGCCUCCUCCAGCGCUGCGGCCCCUCUUGGAGGCCGCUGUGGAUAUCGCCAACAGCGCUGUCGCAGUGGUGGCGGCAGCGUUUAGCUCUCCUCGCUCCCUCCCGCGCACCGUCAGGCGGCGACACGAAAGAGAGCGCGAAAAACGAGCCGCCAAAGCCCUCAAACGUUCCAGCAGCGCGAAAGUCAAUGCCAAUCGUGCGAGUGCCAAACAAACGGCUCCCGUUGUCGCGCAGCCACACGCGCCACUGGUCUGCAAUCACGAUGACGACGGUUCUCACCCUCAGGCUGUUCCCAAGGCGUGCUCCAAGGCCAACAGCAGCCCCAAGGCAACGGCGGCAGGAGCGCAGGUAACCACCUGCUACUUCGUCAAUUACGUUUCCUACGCUUACAACAACUGCCACGAGGCCAACGAACUCGGACCGAAGCCUUCUCAACCUGCUGCUCCCUGCGACGCUCCCCUUGAUGAUCUCCACGAUGGUGCCCACAAGCCAGUCGUAGUCCACCCUCCGCCCCAACGCGACGAGCCCACCGACCAAGAAUCGAACAUCGCUGCCGUCUCUCUCUCGACCGCCGCACUCGAUGAAGAUAAGUGGCAAAUCCAGGACCAGUCGCAAGGUAUCUUUGUUCGCUUGGUCUUGGCCUCUGUCGUCUUGUCGGUAGGGUUUGUCAGCUUCGGUGGUGUGGCCCAGGGCUCGCAAUCGACGGGCGGUUGGGCGCUGUCCGCGGAUGGGGCAGGCAAGGGGAGAAGUAGUCGAGGUAGUGAUAAUAAAAAAAAGGGUGCGGGCAAACGCAAACGGGACCACGAUGAUGGUAGAGACGAGAAGAAGCGAGGCCCUUCCCAUCGCCACGAUGACGAGGGCGAGUGGGACGGUCGCUUUCUGGCAUGUCCGUACUACAAGAUGGAUCCGCACCGCUAUUCUCGCUGCUGGGCAAAGUAUGAGCUUAGGCGCUUUGCCGACGUGAAGCAACACCUGAUUCGCUGCCACAAGGUGAAGGAGUACUAUUGUAGCAGAUGCUGUCUCGUGGAGUUUGAGGACCGUGCCGCGUGGCAGCUGCACACGCAGAGUUGCAACGAGCCCAAUACUGCCCUUAGACCGGAGAACUUCACCGUGGACGAGAUCGAGCACCUGGCGAACGCCCCUCGAGGUGCUACCGAUGAGCGAAAGUACUACUGGGUUUGGGAAAACUUCUUUUUCAGGCAUCCUGCACCGGCAUCACCCUACGUCCCCGAUUACCUGACUGAAACCCGUUCGAUUCACUCCCCAGACUUCCAGGCUGCACUCCAGACGGCCCUGCUCUCCCCACCUCCCGCCAUCAACAUCGAGCGCGGAGAGGGCGAAGACCAUACUGCCUGGGCUCGACGCUUGAGCGACUACCUUUGCCCCCGGAUGCUGGAGCUUGCGAGCCAGGCAGAACACCCUCGGAGGCUUAGGUUCCCUCCCAGCGUUGCCCAUGCCCACGCCCAUGCUCCUCCUCCCCUUGCGAACCAUCUCCAUGCCCAUCCCGUUGCGAACCGUACAGCGGUUGCCUUACAGCAGCCUCAGCAGCCUGCCCUUCCUCCCCAGCCACAUCCUCCACCCCAGCCACAGCCCGUGGCUCCAGCACAUGCCUCCGCUGUUGCUGGCCUGUUUCCCACUGUAGCUCACCCGCUACAGGUGCCUCCCUCACUGCCGCCCCAUCAGCAAGCCUCACUGCCGCAUCGUGUUCAGCGGUCACCUGCUGCUGCUGUUGUUCGGGCUGCUUCAGCUGCUGCUUCUCCCUCUGGCGUUGGCACUACAAUAUCUCCAUCUCUCCUCAAUAUGGGCAUGGGCAUGAAUAUGUACUAUCAAAACCCUCAUCCUCCACCUCACCCUCGUCAGCGCUCCUAUCGCCCGGCCCCUUCCUCCACAGUCACCCCGCUGGACCAGGUGGAAAUCCCGAUCGACCCCAAUUUAUCCUAUCUCGAUCCUCCGCCUUCUCCCCAAGGUCCACCCGGGAACACGAAUCAACCUGCUAAUACUGACCAAUCUGACGAUGCCAAUGAUGAUGAUGACUUCGACUACGGUGCAUACUUUUCUCUGCCAUGA